UCUAUUGGCCUCGGGUCACUUUGCCCGUGGUGCGAUAGCUUGAGCUGUCGUCUGCAAGCACCUACACUGCCUCUAUUGUAUUGAUCCCGUUUUAGCUGGCUUCACAUUUUUAGAGCAAAUGGUUCGUCGAAAUCUUUCAGCUGAUAUGCACCUCAGGCCGAUGGGCUUGGCAUCCUUCCACUGUCGCCCUACUUCAAGUCGCCAGAGCAUCCAUGCUUCAUUUGGAUCAUCUUCACACGACGCUCAACUCAAUAUGGAUCCUCUGUCUACCGCCGCAAGCAUCAUUGCUUUGAUACAAGCAUCGGCAGCCGUUGGCAAAGGCGUGAAAAUACUGCUCUCUCUUCGCCAUGCCCCGGCGGACUUUUGUGAGCUCGUUGACGAACUCACUGCCCUCCAGGACGUCAUCGAGCAGGUUAAGAGUCCGCUUCAGGAAUUGGAGAAGGGGGAUAUUGCUCUUCCGACGUUGAAUUAGCUCCGACUUUGGCUUUGAAGCAGGAUCUAGAGAGUAUACAAGAGGAGCUCCUGGCUCUGUGUCAUCGUCUCACGGGAACAAAGUCUAGCGAUGAAAUGAGCGGGCAACUUCGAGUCUCAAUGUCGAGGUGGAUCCGGGAGAGAAGUAAUAUUGCGAAGUU